AUGACUGUAUCGGGCCAAGUCUACAAUGCUCGUAUUGUAUCGAGCGUCGCCGCGACCGUCAUCUCGCUGGCCUGCGGAACUAAUUAUGUCUAUUCGGCUUGGGCACCCCAAUUUGCCGACAAGUUACUCUUGUCUGCUACCGAAAGCAACCUGAUCGGGUUGGCAGGGAAUCUCGGCAUGUAUUCGAUGGGUGUUCCCGUAGGCAUGUUCGUCGACAGCAAGGGUCCUCGCCCCGCUGUCAUCGUAGGGGCUUUCCUACUAGGUCUCGGUUAUUUCCCGCUCCACCAGGCAUAUGAUGCCGGUCAAGGGUCCGUUCCGUGGAUGUGCUUCGUGUCGUAUCUAACCGGCCUCGGCGGCUGCAUGGCUUUCGCUGCCGCCGUGAAGACCUCAGCUUUGAACUGGCCGCACCAUCGUGGCACCGCUACCGCCUUUCCUCUUGCCGCCUUCGGUCUAAGCGCCUUCUUCUUCGCCCUCAUCGGCACCGUCUUCUUCCCCGGCAGCCCGAGCAAGUUCCUAAUGCUGUUAGCUUAUGGCACCUUCGGCUUGACUUUCGUUGGCUUCUUCUUUCUGCGCGUGCUUCCGCCUCACUCGCCGUACCAUGCUGUACCCGAUGCGGAACCAGGCAUGGCAGAUUCCCGACAGUUACACCGUACAACGUCGGACGAGUCCAAGAUACGUGCUGCUCGUGGGGAUCCAUCUGAACCUGGUAUGUUCAACGCCACCUCUGACACCUCCAACAACUCCAAAAUGACCCAAGAUGCCUCAGAACAAGAGGACCAAGACCCCCCAAGCCCUAAGGAAGACAGCCGAGCUGUCGACACCGAUGAAGCGCCGUCAGGUACCCGCGAUGGUUCCGAUGAAACGUCUUCGCUUCUAUCCCAGUCCACCACGUCCUCCUUACCGGGUGAAGUGUUAGUGCAGAGCAGUGUUGAUAUGGAUCGUUCUCACCGUGUAGAUAUCCGAGGUUUCAACCUCUUGAAGAACGUCGAGUUUUGGCAGCUGUUUACCAUCAUGGGCAUACUCUCGGGUAUCGGCCUUAUGACUAUUAACAAUAUCGGAAACGACGUCACAGCGCUCUGGAGGCACUACGACGACUCGAUCGACGACAAGACGCUUGUCCUACGUCAGCAGCUGCACGUUUCCAUCCUCUCCAUCGGCAGUUUCUCGGGGCGACUGCUAAGCGGCGUCGGAUCCGACUUUCUCGUCAAGGUACUCCACGCUAGCCGUGUGUGGUGCCUAGUAGUCGCAUCGGGCAUCUUCUCGCUGGCACAGAUCUGCGCGCUCAACGUGACGAACCCUCACUUGCUGGGCUUUGUGUCCGGCUUCAGCGGGCUGGGUUACGGGUUCCUGUUUGGCGUGUUCCCGUCCAUCGUCGCCGAGUCCUUCGGCAUCCACGGCCUGAGCCAGAACUGGGGCUUCAUGACUCUGUCCCCCGUCAUCUCGAGCAACAUCUUUAAUUUAUUUUAUGGAUCCGUCUUCGACGCCCAUUCUAUCAUUGAUAAGGAUGGCGUGCGUUCCUGUGUUGACGGCCUCGAAUGUUAUUGGGCUGCGUAUCUUGUCACGCUCGCCGCCUGUGGCCUCGGCUUCGUGGUUACGCUCUGGGUCAUCUGGCAUCAGCACAAGACGCGACUCGCAGAAUCUGCUGGUAAGGCCCGCGCUAGGGAGUGA